AAUAUCUAACCAUUCCAGAGUUUGAUGUUUACAAGUUUGACGUAACAAGUCAUCAAUCUAAUAUCUAACCAUUCCAGAGUUUGAUGUUUACAAGUUUGACGUAACAAGUCAUCAAUCUAAUGUCUAACCAUUCCAGAGUUGAAAUAAAGGAAACAUUUUUCACUGCGUGAUACAUAGAUGGUGAUAAGGCAAAAUUUUCUUGAAUAAGAUUCAUCUCUUAUUGAGGAAUGUAAUUCCAUAAUAGACCUGUAGGCGAGCCAUGUUAACCACCAAGAGUUUGUGCGAGUAAUGUUGACCACCAAGAGUUUGUGCGAGUAAUGUUGACCACCAAGAGUUUGUGCGAGCCAUGUUGACCACCAAAAGUUUGUGUGAGUAAUGUUGACCACCAAGAGUUUGUGCGAGGCAUGUUGACCACCAAAAGUUUGUGUGAGUAAUGUUGACCACCAAGAGUUUAUCCGAGCCAUGUUGACCACCAAGAGUUUUUAUCCAUAAUGAAACAAGGCAAAAUUUUUGAGAAGCGCCGAAAAAGAAAGAAAAAAUUUGAAGAUCCCCUUUUGGGGCGCGGUGUAUCUGAGGAAAUACGGCGCCCGAGCCAACAUCAAAAACUCCCUGCACAUGUACCUACCACAGAGGAUUACAAGGCAGUCUGGUUGGUCAUUGCAUGCACGAUGUCCCUUGGAGCUGGGUUGUUGACAGGGGGGGUUAUUCUAAUUGUUCGAGGUCAACACAAUAAUAUCACUGACUUCUUGGUGCUGGGAUGUUGUGGAGUUGUGACGGGCCUGUGCUUCACGGUUGUCGCCGUAGUUCGUAUGUACAAGUCAAUUAGAACUACACCAUCGAUGAGGGUACAUCGUGAACACAGGGGAGUAUUGUCUGCAAGACAGGUGAGUAGUGUGUUGCAUGGCUGAAAUUAAGAUGUUGGAAUAACAAAUGUUUGAGAAAAUCUAAUAUACUAAGUGAUUGUAAUCUCAGUUAUUGUAUUAAUGUAUUAAAUUAUGAUUUAACUGCAGCUAAAUGUUAGAAUUUGGUGGGGAGUGAGUCAGAUUUAAAUCCUAUAUAGCAAAUAUCCUCACCCAACUAGCAGCCACACCAGAGAUAACGGCUUCGACUAGAUGGGAGACACGAUUGAGGGCAGCCGAGGGAUAUCAAAUAUUUUGGUAAAAAGGUAUUGUCCCCCAUAACUUUUAAAGCCUGGGUCCGGUGAAUUGCUCGGAAGAAUCACUAUCUGGUCAAUGGACAAAAAAGUGGAGACAGAAAUGUAAUUUGAGUCGCUCAGGGCGUGUCAUGACACCCAGAACGCCAUGGUCAUUUGCUGCAUCCAACAACCGACUAGACAUUGUCAGCUGGAUCCAAAAUGGUAUUGGGUGAGAGAUUGAGGCUGACGAGUCGCGCAACUCUUGAUCGCUUACAUCCAACUCACAGCACGUGUCACUUGAACCAUCAAUCAUUCCAUCAGUCAUUCCAUCAGUCAUUCCAUCAGUCAUUCCAUCAGUCAUUCCAUCAGUUGUUCCAUCAAAGUCUUCAUUUAAAGUCUUCAGGCGAUGUGCAUCUAAGCGGCAGGUGUGGGAACACUGGCAGCCGAAGACGCCAACCUGAACAUCCACGGCUCAGACCAUGGUGUCCGGUUGCCCUCUGGGUGCCUGAGCUGUCCGCUUUAGGUACACACGGCUCUCGUCCAUGUCAUGAGAAAGGGGCUAGAAAAUGUGCCCUAAACAUUGUCUGCUGCACUCUUCCUACCCUAUCCCACUGCAGUUCGAGGGGGCCCUAUUUAUGUGGUCGAAAUUGAAAGAGAUCAAACAAAGAUGAAAAGGAUCCCUCUAGAAUUUGAUGCUUGGAAUGUGGGUACUGUUCAAGAUAAGGACGAUGCGGACAGACCUUAGAGCAAAACAGCACUUAAAAAUGAAAUGCCAGAAAAGCCUGACUUAAUUAUGUCCCAUCAAUCCCUUGAACUUACUGCACAAGAACAUUGCGCCAGAAUCGGUCUCAUCAGCCAUUUGUGCGGCCACAGCCAAGUUCACAAUUAAUAUUGUGGAGAGUCGGACCACGCACGAGCGCCACCACGCACGAGCGCCGGCGCCGGACAGAUCUCUCAGCAGGGUUACCGGCCAUCAGGGAUUACGGCCGUCUGACCACCCAGACAAGGAUCAAACGCCUGACCAUUUACGGCCGUCUGACACCCAGACACGACCGAAGGAUCAAGCGCUGGGGGUAGAUCUCUCAGCAGGGUUACCGGCCAUCAGGGAUUACGGCCGUCUGACCACCCAGACAAGGAUCAAACGCCUGACCAUUUACGGCCGUCUGACACCCAGACACGACCGAAGGAUCAAGCGCUGGGGGGCGUAUCGGCCAUCCAUCUGACCAGGGCAUUUACCUGGGACGUCUAGACCAUGGCGACAAUUGAGAAACAGGGGGCGGGGUAUAAUCGGGACUGGGAGAGGAACUAUGGAACGGGGAGGUAUAAAUAGGGAACUCUGGACGGGACGAAAGAGAAGGCGGCCGGACUGAGAACUAGAUAGAGGGAGAAGUCAGAGUUGUGAGACGAGUGAAAGUGUAAGCAAGUGACAGCCAAUAAAGAACACGUGUUUAAUCAUCAAAUGUAUCACCGGAGUUGUUUCCUUAUUGAGUACCAGAUCUAGAUGAAGUUUAGCUAGAGAGUAAGCAAGGUUUCCUUACAAUAUAUACGAUCAUUAAGGUGGUCAUUAGUCUAUUUCGAUUGACCAGCUAUACUUUUCCCACUUUAGAGAUAAACAGGCGGAGAAUGGACACAGCUGACAACUACCAGCAUGUUAUAAACAGGCUGAGAAUGGACACUACUGACAACUACCAGCAUGUUAAUUUCCAGUGUAAGAACAUUAUCUGUCUCUUGACCAAACUUUAUAUUCUCCAACUGGCGGAAACUUCAGUAGAGUAGACAAUCAACUGACUUUAGAUCUGUGAAACAUGAUCCAAUCAUGAAUUGACACGUUGGCUCAACAGUCGCGCCACCCACAUCAAAGCCACAUUGUUAUGAGACAAGGAAGAAUAUUUAGUUAUAAAGCACAUACCCCCACCCCCCUCAAUGAUGCACCAAGGACGCCCAAUGGGUUGGCGCAGUUCUCGUUUCGUCAGGAUUUUGUGUUGGUCUGAAAUUUCUUUAUUUUCAAGGUGAACCAUUAAACAAUGAUAUAACAUUUAAUGACUGAUAUUGUUAUGUUAUUAUAUUAUAUUUAUAUUAUAAUCCCUUCUUAAGAUAUUACGAGGGAAAGAAUAGAAAUAUUUUAAGACAAAGAACUUCCUUAAAACACAACAUACAGUUAUUGAUGGCUAGACCGUAGUUGGCGGACACUGAGCUGAGAAGUAUACCCCUAAGAAUUAUCUUUAGAGUUCCAUCAUAAUGUUCAUCAGUACAAGGGUAAAGAUUGUAUGCUGGGUCUUUUACUGUAGGAAUGUUUUAAUUUUUGACUCGUCAAUUAUGUCUAACUAAACUUUCUAUUUAUAUUAUCACCACAGCAUUUAGCUGACAGAGCAGCUAAGGUGAAGUUGCUGAAUGAGCAGAUACCUGAAUGUCGAGGAAUGAAAAAGAAUAAUCAGCAAGCCAUUGAUGAUGAUCAGCAAAAACUUUUGGAAGGAUCGAAACAAAAGAAAAGCUCGGAUCGAUCCCCUUCGAAAGUCGUGGGUCAAUUCCCUGCCAAAGUCGUGCAUUUUUUCGAUCUCCCAAACGAUUCGCAAAAUGAAAAAGUGAUAUUUAAAAAAAUUACACAAACAAGAAAUGAAUUUGUUCCCCUUGUUGACUUAAGCACCCGACACACUUCAAGCCAGAAAAUCAGACAUGUGAAUAAAAGCCUUGAUACUCGGUGCAAUGGAGAUAACAAUGCAGCAGGCAUGAAUAUGAAAUUAAAAGCUAAAACUAGAUCUACACCAGCUGCCAUGUUGAUAGAUGACAGAAAUAAUGAAACCAGUUCAGCAUCUGAGCGGCGCCUAGACCUUGUGGAGCGGCGACCAGACCUUGUGGAGCGGCGACCAGACCUUGUGGAGCAGCGUCCAGACCUGGUGGUACCCAGACACAGAAGUGAGCUUAAAAUUGUUUUAAAUAACAAUAAAGAGCACCAAGCCAAGCACGGGAUCGUGGCCAUUAAGAAAAAUUCUCAGCCACUAACUGUACAUACGCUGACGUGUUUCAAUAAGAAAACAGGAGACUCUGAUAUGUCCAUCGCGCAACCUUCAUCCAGACAUUUAAUCACGACAGUGGUGGAUAUUACGCCCUUCAAUCCAGGGCAUACGCUUACAACUGACCACCUAUCGCCCUCUAAUCCAGGGAGUAGGCUAAUAGCUUUGGACAUAACGCCCCACAAUCCAGGGAAUACGACCACAGCGGUCGCAGAAAUCGUCCCGCAAACAGAUGACCUUAGCCUCCCCGACCUACCGAUAGACCACAAUCUCUUCUACCAUUUUUGCGACUCCGGAAAAUCGUCCAUAGAUUCGUCCUCGAUAUUUCAAAGCUUCGACGAGGAUGACGUCAAAGAGGAUAAUAUAUUUUCCCAUUAUCGCCUGAUUUCCUGGGACCAGCCCCCACAUUCUCUUAAUGGGAAACGUGGACACACAGGUGCGAACGGCUGCCGGAGUUAUAGCAGAUCUGAUUCAUUUACUUACGAAAACUCACAGCAGACGAUCAAAAAGCAGGUAUGGUCUAAGCGAGGCAGCGGGGUCGCUGUGAGUAAACAGUUCAUAAGGAAUCCUGGAUUCUACGUCAUGGAUGACCAGAUCGAAGUGCUUGGUGAAUAAAUCUGAAAAGAUGUUGCUGUCGGAGUGGUCGUACUUUUGAAAAUUAGUCAAACACUCCUACGCAUGAUUUUUACAAAUCAUUGGGGAGAUCAAAGCCAAAUCUUUCCCCGGCGUGCAGCAUGUAACCAGCGAGGAUCAUAUACCAAGCGUAGAGCAUAUACCCGGCGUGGAGCAUUUACCCGGCGUGGAGCGUAUACCCGGCGUGGAGCGUAUACCCGGCGUGGAGCAUAUACCCGGCGUGGGGCAUAUACCCGGCGUGGAGCGUAUACCCGGCGUGGGGCAUAUACCCGGCGUGGAGCGUAUACCCGGCGUGGAGCAUAUACCAAGCGUGGAGCAUAUACCAAGCGUGGAGCAUAUAUCCGGUGUGGAGCAUAUCCCCGGGUUGGAGCACAUACCCGGGGUGUACAAAGCCACUCUGUGAUGCCCAUGGAUUUAUUUCAAGGAGCUUGCGAAUGCUGGUGUGGUUUUAUACACGUUAAACUUUGAACUGUAACUGAAAUGUUACACUGAAUGCUGGUGUGGUUUUAUACAAGUUAAACUUUGAACUGUAACUGAAAUGUUACACACGCCAUAGAUGACACCAUGGUGGCAAACCUCUUAGUGGCUUCAACCAGCUUGAUAACAUUGCAAUAUAGCAACCCGAGUGUAAAAUAACUUAGACACCUUAGUUUAUUUAUUUAUCUAUGGGGUACUUGGAUUAUGGGAAUGGCUGUAAUUUAUAGAGCGUAAUAGUUUCAAAUCCACGUGUUCAUCUGUAUACUAGAGACCGACCGAAAGUGAUUUUCUGAUUUCGGCCGAAGCCGCAAAUAGGCCGAAAGUUUAAAAUGACUUUCGGCCGCAACCAAAAAAAGACCGAAAGUUUAAAAAUUACUUUCGGCCGAAACCGAAAAAAGGCCGAAAGUUAAAAAUGAAUUUCGGCCGAAGCCGAAACCGAAAAUGAAAUGUUAAGAUAUUUUGAAAUUCGUUCCCACAUACACUCUGCAUACAUCGAAAAUGAUGUGGG